GGGAGUGACUUUGGGCAGCGCUGUGUGCACGGAGUAGAGACAUAGAUUAUGAUGGAGGCUGGGAUGAGGCAUCGUGCCUUGUACAAGGGAACGACCCCUCCAUGGAAGGAGACAUACAGGAAGAGAUGUGUUGAAAGAUUGAAGAGCAACCGCUCUAGACUCCUGGAUAAGUUUCGACAAGUGGGGGAAACUGUGAAUGGAGGAAUUGGGGGCUCCUUCCUGGUGCAGGAGGUUAUGGAAGAAGAAUGGAAAGCAAUGCAGUCAAGCAGUGGAAGUUUUCCCUCUCUGUGGAAAAAGGAGGACUUUUCCCAGGCACUGGGCAUUUUACAGGAUCAUGAUGAGCUGGUAACACUGGAAGAAAUCAGACAGGAACUUCUUUUAGAAGAGCAAGCAAUGGUUGCAGAAAUUGAAAGCAUCCUUCAGUUUGAGGAAGAUUCUCUGUAUUCAGUUGUAGGGAUGAAUGCUGAACACCUCAUUGUGUGCCCUGUCUGUAAUCGGAAUUACCUAACUGUAACUAGUUGCUUCGUCUUGUGCCAGUGUGGUGUGUACAUCAAUUGUAAGUCUCAAGGCAUGAACAUCGAAAAGCUGCAAUCGUUACUUGAACUAAACCUGUCUGCACAUUCAAACUGCUGUUCUGAACGUCCAGUGUUCUCAAUUGUCCUUGAUGCUGAAGGAGUAUCCAGUUUAUUCAUGAGUUGCACUGUGUGUGAUGCAAUGGGUGUCAUAAUCUAGACUGAAAUGUCAUCUGGUUUCCAAACUGA